UCGUCCUUUUUUAAACAGAAGAAUAGGAAUCAACAUUUGGCUUCGCGGAUAUUUCGACCAAAAAUUCUAAGUAAAUUUAUCGAAAUUCGUCAGAGUUCCAGUCUCUGAUCCCCGAAAUUCCAAGAGAUCUAUUAUGCAACUACAUUACGUGAAUAAUCCGAUGUACGCACUGUGUCUUUUGGCAGCAGUUUGCGUACGGCAACAUGUACAAAACGGAGGGGUUCAACCAUUGACGAAGGGCGUAUCACUGCAACGUCCAACGUCGGUGUUUAUGAAACCAAACAAAGCCAGCCUGAAGUCAGUGAACGAUAUUGAAGAAGCGGUGUCUGAAAUAAAAUCGAAAAGUUGCAAAUAUCCGAAAAUUGAAGAAGCGAAUGCAUUAGUUUUGUGCGUGCAGAACUUCGGAAAAAAGAGUCAAAGAAUUAUCGAUCUUCAAUCACCGAUUUUCUUUUCAGGAAAAGGACGAAUACCGGGAUUCCUCUUUCCCGUACAACGUACCUAGCUGGGUGCAUUACUUAUUCAACAACGUCGGCGUGAAAUGGCUGGCUUAAAACGAAACAUGUGAAAUUAGUAAUCAACCGAAGAGCCUGCAAACGAUUUGACGAAGAUCGAAGCGGAUAUAGGGGGUAUUCGCAAAUGAUCUUUGUUAAUUUCGAUGAGGUAGCUCUUUUGACGUGAGUCAUUUGAAUUUUGUAUUCAUUGACGAACCAAUCUUUCUCAAUAUUUUUUGUACUUCAGACGUCGUGUAAAGUACAUUGUUCAUGUAAACGUCGCUGCGAUUAAAUUAAAUUUGGUGUCGCGCGCUUAGAUUGGCGCCUACAAGCGCGUUGACACCAAGUACGCGCGUGUACUUGGAACAACUUUUUCAUAUAUAAAUAUUCGUUGCAACGAUAAUUAUAAUUUAAUAAAUACCCAUCACAUAUAUA